AUGGGGGUGAAAAAAGCAAAACAGCAAAAGAAAAAUAAAGAUAAAGAAAAUGCUCAUGUUAGUGAAGUUAAAGAGCAAAAUUCAAUGGUUUUGGAAAUACUACAAAAAUCAAAUUUGCACAGGCAAGAAUUUUUGCAACUGGAACGAGAAAAAUUAGCAUUUAAGAGAAUGGCACGCGAGGAAAAAAUUAUGAAUAUGGACUCGAAUGCUAUUUCUGAUCCUGCUCAGCGUAGUUACUACCAGCUCAAGAAAGAUGAAAUUUUACAUAAAAGAACAAUGGAAUUUCAGAAAUCAAAUCCACAAUCUUCUUCGAAUAUAUUUUCUCAAUAUUUUAGUGAUAUUGGUGGAGAUAGAAAUGUCGAUAUUCCUCCGUAUUAG